UGAGCUCCCACGUAUAUUUAACCACAACUGCAGUACAGCACAGAAAUACAUUUUUAGCAUUGACUCUGAAUAGCUAUAGCUACAGAAAUGGCAGGAGGUUCAGAAAUGUCCAUACCCUCUAUUGUAAGGAGAAAGUAUGCAGUACAAGAGGAGCUUGCAAGAGGAAAGUUUGGAGUGGUAUUCAAGUGCACGGAUUCAGUGACUAGAGAACCAGCAGCAGUUAAGGUCAUGUCAAAGAAGGGCAACAAGGAAGUGGACGUAUAUCGAGAAGUGGAGAUAUUGAAGCAGCUCAAACAUCCCGCUAUCCUCUCCAUUACUGACUUCAUGGACUGUGACACUGGCUUCGUCCUCAUCACUGAGCUGCUUAACGGAGGAGAGUUGUUUGAUUAUGUGAUAGAGCGAGAGUUUCUGGAGGAGUCUCAAGCAGUGGAUUAUCUCACUCAGAUUAUGGAGGCUAUGGACUUCUGCCACAAGAAGAAUAUUGUACAUCUGGACCUAAAGCCUGAGAAUAUAGUACUCAAAGAGAAAGAUGGCAAGCAACUAAAAAUCAUUGAUUUUGGCUCAGCUCAAAACUUGAGUGUUAAUCCCAAGAUCAAGUCCAUGGUGGGCACUCCGGAGUUCAUUGCUCCCGAGGUGCUGCAAUAUGAUCCAGUCACUACUGCUGCUGAUAUGUGGGCCAUUGGAGUCAUCUCAUACAUACUACUGACUGGAAUGUCCCCAUUCCUGGGUGAUGAUGACAUGGAGACAGUGGGAAACAUCUCUACAGGAGAGUAUGAAUAUCCUGACCCACAAGAUGAGGAGACAUAUGAGGAUAUCUCCAACCUUGCCAAAGACUUCAUUGAUCAGCUACUUAUCAUGAACCCAGUGUUGAGGGGCACAGCUGAGAAGAGCCUCACCCACUCAUGGAUGGUGGAGACCAAAAAAGGAGAUAAUAGCGCUCGCAUUAGCACAGGACGACUAAAGCAGCUCAGAGCAAGGAGAAAGUGGAAGGCUGUUGGUAAGGCGGUGGGUUUUCUGGCUCGCCUGAGGUCCAUCUCCCUGACUAGCAGUGGUGGUGACGUGUGUCCCCUCAGCCCCACCUCACCAUUACCACCAACAGCAGAGGAGGCUGAAUGCACUGUCAAUUACUAACACUAACACACUCAAUAUAAUUUUAUCAUGAUUAUCUUUUAUGUUGUGCAAAAGCUGCUAUAUUGCCAAAAAUUAUAAUUAGAAUUAUUGUGCUCAA